AUGGAGUGGGCGUCGUGUGCAUUGAAACUGGCGUUCCUGUUCGUCGCGCUCUCGUGCAUUCUCCGGAAGUCAAACCAAGCUCUGUUGGCUUCGAUCACCGCGGCGGUCCUUGAAUACGAAUCAUGCGAAUCGCCAAAAUCUGCACCUACUUUUGUCACAUUUUUGGGAAGUUACGAAGUUUUCUUGAGUUUCAGAGGGCCAGAUACCCGGAAGGGAUUCACAGAUUGCCUCUUUACCAGCCUCACAGAAAAGGGGAUCAGUGUUUUCAGAGACAAUGAAGAGCUCCCUGUUGGAGGAAAGAUCAAGCUGUCACUCACUGAGGCGAUCAAGCAGUCGAAGAUAGCCAUACCCAUCAUCUCCAAGGAUUAUGCUUCAAGCAAAAGCUGUCUCAUGGAGCUGCAGCAAAUGUUAGAGUGCAGAGAGAACAAAGAGCAAAUGAUCAUUCCCAUAUUCUAUGAUGUCGAUUGCUCUGAUGUAAAACACCUUAAGGGUUCUUUUGGGAAGUCCUUUUAUGAACUUGUUAAGAAUGAGGGAAUUGGUAGAGAGAGGAUCAAUGCGUGGAAGAAGGCUCUCCGAGAUAUUGGAGAAGUAAGAGGGUUGAACUUGGCUGAAAUGAAUGGUGGGCAUCAUGGCAAGCUUAUACAGCUAGUCGUCUCAGAUGUCUGGCAACGAUUAAAGAAGCGUGGCCUAGUCGUGACUGAAUAUCUAGUUGGGAUCAACCGUCAUGUAGAAGAGGUUAUGAGGAAGCUUAAUGUUGAUUUUUGUGAUGGACAAGCUGUUGAAACAUUUGGCCACAAGAAAUGUGUUGUUGCAAUAUGUGGUAUGCCUGGGGUUGGCAAAACUACUCUUGCAAAGGUUGUCUACAACCGACUCUACCAUCUCUUUGAUGGUUUUGCCUAUCUCGAGAAUGUUCAAGAAAGGUAUACCCAGGUGGCAGGGCUUAAGACUUUGCGAAUUGAUUUAGUUUCUCAACUAGUAAAUAAGGGGAGUCAAGGUUUCGGUACUUCUGAUGAGGUUACGCUCUUUAUCAAACACAGAUUCAGCAAUAUGAAGGUUCUCAUUUUUCUUGAUGACGUGGGUGACCCUGAACAGCUUGUUCAGAUUGCGGGUGAGCUUACAGAUUAUGGUCCUGGAAGCAGAAUUAUUGUGACAUCUAGAAAGCAAGAUGUUCUUACAAAGGUCAAAGUAGCAGAUCAAAAAUACGAGGUUGAGGCAAUGGAAGAAGGUGAAGCUCUUCAACUUUUUUGUAAGCAUGCAUUUGGUAAGGAUUUCAUCAGAGAGAUUGACCAUACUCUUUCGAGUGCCAUUAUAACAGCUACUGGUGGGCUUCCUUUAGCUCUUGAAGUGGUGGGUUCUUUCUUAUUUUCAAAAUCAAAAGAAGUGUGGGAAGAUACAUUGAAGAAAUUCAAACAUGCUCCUCACAAGAAAGUUGAAAAAGUAUUGAAGAUGUGUUAUGAAGAUUUAGAUGAAAAUCAGAAAAAGAUAUUCCUGGAUAUAGCAUGUUUUUUUAUUGGCAAAGAUAAGAGAAUUGCCAUUUACAUGUGGGAGGACUGUGAAUUUUACCCUCACGAGGGCAUUGAAGCUCUUCUUGUUAGGUUUUUGGUUAAAGUUGGAGAGAACAACGAGCUGUGGAUGCAUGACCAAUUAAGAGACUUUGGUAGGGACAUAGUACAGAAGGAGAACCCCGAAGAACCUUGCAGGCGAAGCAGAUUGUGGAAUCACAAGGAAGCAUUAGCCAUGCUAAAGGAAAGGAAGGGCACUGAAAAGGUUCAAGCCCUUGGAAUCAUGUUUGAUCAUGGAACUGACGUUUGUUUCACGUGCGAAGCAUUUUAUCCUCUCUGGAAUUUGAGGUUCCUUAAACUGGACUGUGCAAAUAUUGAAGGCAAUCUUCAGAAUCUUCUUCCAAAUUUAAGAUGGUUGGAUUGGCAAGUAUGCCCUGAAAAGACCUUGGGACUUCCUUAUUUCAAUGUUGAACACUUGCUCAUUCUUGAUCUGUCAUGGAGCCGGAUAAAUCAAGGUUGGAGAGGUUGGGAGCUGAUAAGAGAGAAGGCGAAGAAAUUGAAAGUUUUGAACCUAACGGGGUGUCCUGAGUUACUUGAAUCUCCAGAAUUCCCUGCUCCAAUUAAACUAGAAAGAUUGAUUCUGGAAGCUUGUUCCAAAUUAUCCUUGAUUAGCCCAUCCAUUAGCAAUCUAAGCAGCUUAGUUUCCUUAAAUAUGAAGUCUUGUAAUUUGGACCAGUUGCCAGAUCUGGGUUUCGCGAAGGCUUUAAAAGAGCUUGUGAUCGAUGGGACUUUUAUUGAUACAAUUCGUUUCCGAGAAGGUUCUAUGGAACAACUUGAAACUCUCAGUGCUUGCAAGUGUGAAAGGUUAGAACAAAUAUAUGAGAUUGAUCACUUACGAUCUCUUUCUAAUCUUGCACUGGAUGGAGCUGCUAUAAAGACCCUCCCAGUUUCCAUUGGGUCACUGAAGAAACUUCGAUGCCUAUCUUUAAGGAGCUGUCAGAAAUUAACUGAAAUUCCACGAUCCACUGGAAAGCUCAAGGAACUGCAGUUUAUGGACCUGUCAAACACGGGAGUUGACGAAUUGCCCCAUUCAGUCAAGCAUUUGGACAAUUUGAAAGUGCUAAAGAUGGAAUUUACUCGCAUAGGGAAAUUUCCUGAAGCAAUACAAAAUCUGCCAAAGUUGGAAGAGAUAGAUUUUUCUCGCUGCUGGAAUUUGGAGAUUCAGAUGGACUGUGAUCUUGCAGGAUUAUCCUCUUUGAGAGUUUUGAAAUUAUCAUAUACCCGAAUUUUUCACUUGCCUGAGAGCAUUUGUUGCCUCUCAAAUCUCCAAAUGCUUGAAUUGCGUAACUGCAAGAAGCUUCAGGAGCAUAAGAGUAUUCAAUUUUUGAAGUAUUGCGACAGCCAUGGCGGAGUUGGAUUGGAUCUUGGCGAUGGCUAUGGCUAUAUAUCAAAAUCACAAGCCGCCCCUGUAUUUGAGACUUGCGACUACCACAACGGAGUGGAAUCGCAUCCUGAGUGCAGACUUUGCUCCCUUGGCAACUGUGUUAAUUGCCACGUCCAUGUUGAUGAUUCUGAUGGCAACAAUUGUUGUGAAGGCGAUGGCGAUUGUUGUACAUCCGAAUCACAAACUACCCCUGUACUCGAGGCUAGCAACAGCCUUGGUGCCACAGACCUCAAAUGCUAUGUGCCCGCGGCAACUGAGUCAACUGUUGAUUUGGCAAUUGUGAUGCCCGUGUGCCAAAAUCAUAUACCGCUCCAGUACUCAAGCACAGUGAUGGCAGCGGCUGUGUGA